CAGUAUUCGACCAGCAAUCAACAGACAAAAUGAGUCCCCUCGUCCUAAUUGCAUCGAUCAUGCUGAUCAUGAAUCACCAGCAAACAGUCACUGGUUACGAGCUGUCUUGCGGUCUACAGUUUAUUUCGAUUACGCCCCAACAGCGCUGCACCCUGCGGAAUGCUACCCAGUACGACUUGGACUCGUUUGGAGUGGCCGGAAUUCCGGACGGUGCCCUGCUGGAGAUUCUCAACCCGGAGUUCAACCGAUUCGACGAGGGCGCGUUCCUGGUGGUUCAAAAGGCGCGAAAUCUCACGUUUUCAAAGGGACUAGUCAAAAGUGUUGAGUUCCAGUCGAGCACACUGGUUUCGUUGAAGGUGCUGAACAGUUGGCUGGUGCGGUUUGAAGUGGUUGAAGAAGACAAUUUCUCGCUGAAGACGUUGAGCAUUAGAUCGGACAAAUAUCGUAUAAUCUCGCCCACCAUACGGUACUUGAAAAGUUUGGAAGAAUUGACGUUUCAAAAGUGCAGCUUGGAGUUUAUAGAUUUUGAGCCGUUCACCGAUAUGGAAAAGCUACGGCUGUUGGAUCUUUCCUGGAACAGAAUUCACUCGGUGAGGAUCGACCCUACGAUGCCACUAGCAGCGCUGAAGUUGUUGGACAUAUCCUACAACAAACUGACAGCAAUGCAGAACUUCCCCGGGGCUUUUCCGUCACUCAAGGUAGUGACCCUUAAGCGGAACUCCUGGUACUGUGAUUGGGUCGGUGAGGCACGGGGAAACAUCUGGAACGGUGGAAUUACCGUGAUGGGUGCGGAAAGCUUCUGCGGUGAACGGGACGGAAUGACCAACAAUGGUGGAUUGUGCUGCAAGGAACGGUCCAAGCACGUGGAUGUCGCUCACGGCGUGAUCCAUGAAAUUUUGAGUGCGAUUCAUGCUCCUGUCCAGAAUAACACACAGCGUUUGGUGUAUGUGUUGGAUUCGGAGGACAGUACUAAUCCAUCAGUACUGAUUUAUAAUUCUGUUUAGCAGUGGAAUGAAGAAUUUACAAUCGAAAUAUGUUAUAAAUUCGUAUAAUGUUAGUAAAAUAAAAACCGUUACUUAACCCAA